AUGUUAAAAAUCAAAGCAGCCCAAAGUGAAAGAGAUCGUCUAUCAAUGCUUCUUGCUAAAAAUGUUGAUGAUAUUUCUCUAGUUGAAAAGUUAACAUUUGUCUUUAAUCAUCCAAAUUCUACAGAACACUAUUUGUUCGAAAAUGUACUAGAAAUUAAUGAAGAAGGUAUUAGAAAUAUUCUUUCUUUUUAUGAGACUAGUAAAUUAUACUUUCAAGAAGUGCUUGAGGAGGAUAUAUAUAAGACCAAACCUCGAACUUCUAAACAUCAUAUAUGA